GCAGGCGCUUUCGCGAAGAUCCUCAAGGCCAAAAAUAAGAGCACAGGAGAAAAAGUCGCACUUAAGGUAUGCAUCGAAUAUACACGAACAUCACUAAUUUUUGACGUGAAGGUACGUAUCCAGACACGAACAUUCAUUGUUGACGACCUACUUGCAUGUUGUCGGUUAAUUCAAUUACCCUUCAGGUGAUGAAACGAUCCUCGUAUCGACGUCGCUGUCUGGAGUAUCAGAUCGAUGUUGAGGUCGAGCUCGCGCUACUCUGCGGACGCCACAGUAAUGUCGUGUCUGUCUUCGACAUUUUUGACGACGGCGAGUCGGUCGUCAUGGCCAUGCCUGAGGCGCACAUCGAUCUUCAGCGUGCAACUGGAAAUCUGAUGAAAGUGCCAACUUUCGACACCUUUCUCCUAGACUCUGGCUUUCUUGCGGCAGCACACGCGAGGGACAGCAGCGUCGCAGCAUUUUGGCACCGCAUGCGGCCCAGAGAGGGUAAGUUAGUAGAUCUCUUAUUUGGUAGUGAAUUGAACGUGACGCGACUAGGUUGUCUUUGUCGCAUGUACUAUGUCAAUGUAGAUGGACGCUAUGGAAGUUGAAGCUGUCAUAAUUCCUUUGUGCACCCAAUUUUGAUAUUGUGUCCAUCCCAGGUGAAGCUUGUUGGGGUGAGAGACUUGCGAUGCAAUUUUUCAGACAGCUGGUGAUGGGCGUUGCCUUUAUUCAUGAAAACUCGGUCAUUCAUCGAGACUUGAAGCCCGAAAAUAUCCUGAUGACUGCGGAUGGCCAGCUACAGGUAUGUAUCUCAAUGUAGUUUUCGAGGCUAUUUUGUUUUGUUUGGUGAGAAGUUUCCCCAACUCCACAACCAGAGUGACACUCCUCUUCUUCUAACUUUCCAAUUAAUACAGGUAGCCGACUUUGGAUGGUCGACUAGAGUAUCUCGGAAUGUCGGACGGGCUUUAGCUGGUACGUAUGUUUAUAUGUCUCCGGAAGUUCUCGAUGGUAGGAAACACAGCACGAAGGCCGAUAUCUGGGGAUUAGGCAUGAUACUCUGGUUUCUCCUCUACGGCGGCGCGAUGCUUGAUCAAAGUACUUCGUUCUACAAAAUUCAAUAGUGUGAGGAUUGAGCUAGGUUCUAUUAGCAAAAGGGAAUCAACGAUGAAAAUUGAGCUGUCAACAUAGUAUUGGGACGAGGUAGCAUAAAAACUAUUGGAACUUCUACCAACAUGAUGAUCAUGUUGGUUGUUUCUCUUUCUUCAUGGUUCCCCUUCUGUAUCACUCACGCGCCAGAUAUCAUCGGGCCUGGUGUUACGCAAUUGACAGCAGCCGAUCCAGUGCGGAGUGCGCAGCUGCGCGCCAGAAUUGUGCGAGAACGGAUCGAUCAGCUGUGUCCACUACGAGUUGAAGAUUAAGGCUUCGCCUAAUCGGAUUAGAUUUAUCUCCAGAAGUAGCAUCCUGGGGACGCUUUCAAAGGGAGAUGAAGGGUCUCAGGAGGUCUCUUCAAGAUGAAUAAGGGUGGGCUCUAAGAAGAGCGACCAGCUGACUUGCCUUGGCAUAUCUGGCUUUUGUUGCGCGACUUGGUAGCUACGUUGCCUAGUAUCCGCCCGGAGGCGUCUGAGAUCUUACUGCGCAUUGACGGCGAAGGAGAAAUGGGGGCGAAUCAGAAUACUAACCCAGCGGACGAAGCAGCAUCGUCGUCGAGGGGUGGAACAGAAGGGAAUGCUCAUAUGCUGAGAAAGAAUCUGUCAUCAACGUCGAUGAACUCGAAAAGUACUACAACAUCAAGCUCUUCUAGUAGCGAAUCCACCCUGAAUGUACUAGAGCAGAAAAAGUCGUCCAGAGGAGCAAUUAUUAAGACCCACGCCAUGUCCACUACAGCCACUCGAGGAAGGCUAGGCGAAUACAAUAAGAAAACAGUUUCCAGUACUUCUGGACUUGUUGUUAGUGGAGCUGGAGGUGGGUCAAGUGGUAGUCGCAUAGACCACGGGCUACAAACAGCGAGAGAUUCCUCCUCAUCGACGAAAGAAGCCGCAUCGCCCACAACAACACAUCAGCAGCAGCGUGGUUGCCAUGCUCUAGGUUCCUCGUCGUCUUCUGCGAGUUCCGCGACGCUGCGACGCGGUGGAAUACAACGGCAUCGGGAGAGCGCGCUCCGUCGACAGAGUCGACGAGGGAUGAAGAAGGAGGAUUCCGCAUGUUCUUCAGGGGGCGGCGGGUUUGGGAGUCACGAAACCUCCCCAGUGAUGCUCCACGAAGGCAGCGGCGCCGCUUGUAAUGACGAUACCUUCGACGGUGCUGACCAGAAUAACGCUAGUAGUCCGGUCCCCAUGAAUGUGCUAGAUGUCACAACGUUGGGCGAAGACGCGAGUCUUGAUGUGACAGCGUCGCCUAGUCGUGAUCAUGUCGAAGCAGAUGCAGUACCAAGGCGGCCGCAUGACGGUCAGAAUAACUGCGCGCUUACCGGGUCCAUGGCUACGCUGAGCACUGCAUGCGAUGGAACUUCACAACUUACAAGAAUUACGGCAUCGACAGACUGCUCAAUAUGAUCUCGAUGUUAGAUAGAAGAGCUUCUGGAAUUAGCUUCUUGUUGGUGUUUGAAAGAUUUGAUCUCACGGCAAGAAAAUGAUGAACAUUAUGGAAGUGAUACUGUCAAUGGUGUGGAUUUUUUGAUAAGGCUCAUGAUCUGAAAUUGCACGAGAUCUAUCAGAUUGUCGGGUGUAGCUCUACUAGUACGUCUAAGAAGAGCAGCGGAGCAACUUCUGGCUGCGCUUCAUCGUCUUCUUCGUCUCGCUCACCUCCUGUGACCAACGAUGCACUUGGCGCCACGACGCGGACACCGUCGACCGUGCGGACACCGGGAGGUAAGCUUUACGAGGAAAGCAAUGGGCGAGGACGCGACACCGCAACGACGACGGCUUCGGAUGCUAAGACCGCUCAUCGGAGGAGUCCAAGCAGUGCGCGUAGUGUGGAGUCCAGUAAGCGAAGCAGUGCGCGUGUUUCGAGGAUCUCCUCGCACAGUGAUGACAAUGAGCAAGAAACGUCGAAAAGUGGCGUGUUGAUGGGCGAGAACGAUAAUUUUCAGUCACACCAAGAAUAUGCAUCCUCACAAGUGGAAGCCGGUACGAUCCUAAGCAGUUGCUCCUCGUCUUCUAAAGAGAGUUGUAGUACUAGCAGUGACCUUGCUGGACCAGGAGCGGGCAGUAGUUGUAGUGGUACGUCUAGUACUAGUAUUUCCUCGUCAGGAGGACAGGUACAACAGCCACAAGCGGCAAACGGCGUGGAGCAACAACCUCGAGUCAUAAUAAGGACUGGUGAAGCAGAUGCGGCAGGAGUUAACCACGGUGCUAUGAAUGGUUCUGAUAACAACGAAACUCCUGGUCAUGGAGGUAUGAUCGGAGGUAGUAGUUCUUCAUCUACGCAAUUGCGGGCGAGUCGCAGCGUCUCGCGCACUGCGCAAAGCCGCUUAGCGUUGCAUUGGGCGGCGACGCAGGCGCAGCAGCAGCUACGGCGUGCGCGGAGCAGUAAAGGAAGUCUUGUCCUCGGAAAACGUACCAUUGGUGGGUCCGCGGUGGAAACUCCGGUAUGCUCGGGACGGAGAGUGCCGUUUGCAGCUGGCUGAGAGAGAGUUCCUGUCUAGUACGAGCUUCGGACAGACUGACUUUGCCGCAUAGUCGGGCUCGACAGAUUCACUUUUUCGUAAACUAUAAAUUAACACACAUCGUAGUUGCAGGAAUUGUGCAACCUUUUGUCUUAUCGUUGGGGAACACGCAAGAAAAGGUAAUCUGAUUUCUUCAUUGUAUGCGGCUGGCUGUAUACUCUUACGGGUACCGGAUUUUUACCGGUAUUUCUGAUAACGCACCUAGUACUGAUUUUUUGUUUAUGAGGAUCACCUUAAUUGCUUUGUUCGGGGUUGAGUUUAGUUCUGCGUGAUGCUGGAGGGAAGCUGUUGCGCACGAUACUACGUAGUAUGAAGAAUUACGCGAAAUUUGAUAUGCGCCACGCAACGCUGAGCCCUUUUUUAUUGGGAUAUUCUGGUAACUUCCUUGUUUUCGCUCUGGAAUGUGUUGACUUCAGUUAGUUCUGCCAAUGCUGCAGACGGGGAACGAACACAAGACGGGGAACGAACUUCAGUUGGUUCCGCGCAACUCAUACAGCACCGCAUCGCCGCGCAGAAGUUAUUCAUCGUGAUAUGCAUUUGUGUUGCCGCAGUUUGGACCACAUAGGAGUAGAUACCGCUAAGAACAAGGAUACCAAAUGUUGCACCUGAGAAUAGAC